GUUGUGUAGACCGCAGCCCUGUGUGCACCUACCUGUAGGUCUGCUGGGAUAUCAAGCUUGAAGUGUGGAGUUGGACCAUCUUUUCCUUUAAAGCUUUUGAGUUUGAGGGGUUUUGUGUGGGACAGACAAACAAAUAGGCAGCAAGAAACUUGGAAACUCGAGGCUUGUACCAGGAGCGGCCUGCAACAUGUCUGGAUCUAUACCGUUCUACCAGAAGCACCACCGCCACUACGACCGUGGCUACCGUAGCAAGCAGACGGAGUCUAAAAUGAGCCAGUACCAGUCCAGCAGCCGAUACGUUGCUGGCAGCAGCGCCUCCGCCGCCAGCAGGAGCGCAGGACUUAGAGUGUCUUCAUACUCUGGGUUGGAAGACAGCAGACUGAACCCUCUACCCAAGAGAGCCAAGCCAACUUACUUGGCUGUGGAUAAAGAGAACCAAGUCAUCGGUUAUGUAGUGCCGAUCUUCAGGGGCAGUAAAGAGUUUGCUACAGGAUUUUCGGAUACAGAGGAAGCAAGGGUGAGGGACACUGCUGCAUACAUGGCCCGCAGGGAUUUGUUCACCAGUGGCGUGGAGAUGGAGAGAUCAGAGCAGAUAUCCAGGAAGGAGACCAUGCGCGAAUCAGCUGAACGCAUCUCUCUGAACAAAAGGAUCCAUGAGCACGAGGAACACUUCAAGCGCAUGAACGAAGACAGCCUGAUGCACGCCCCAGAGUUUGUGAUUAAACCUCGCUCCCACACAGUGUGGGAGAAGCAGUGUGUGCGGCUGCAUUGCACUGUCAGUGGCUGGCCCGACCCACGGGUCGUCUGGUACAAAAACAAUGUGGCACUUGACCCCCUUGCCAACCCUGGCAAGUAUAAACUUGAGAGCAGAUACAGCGUGCACUCACUGGAGAUUAACAGAUGUGAUUUUGAUGACACAGCGCAGUAUCGCGUCUCUGCCAUGAACUCCAAGGGAGAGCUGUCUGCGUUUGCCUCUGUCGUUGUUAAGAGAUUCAAAGGUGAAAUUGAUGAGUCCCUGCCAGCACCCAGACAUGGCCCAGUGUCUGAGUAUGGCAUCACCUUCCAGACUCACAUUGUUGAUAAGUUUGGUGUAUCCUUUGGAAGAGAGGGGGAGACAAUGAGUCUGGGGUGUACGGUCAUCAUCUACCCUGCCCUGCAUCGCUACCAGCCAGAGAUCGAGUGGUACAGAGAUGAUGUUCUCCUGUCUCCAUCUAAAUGGAACCACAUGCACUGGAGUGGAGACCGAGCCACGCUGACACUCACACACCUCAACAAGGAGGAUGAGGGUCUCUACACCCUGCGUGUCACCACCAAGUCUGGAUACGAAACCUACUCAGCCUACGUCUUUGUCAGAGACUCUGAUGCUGAGAUUGAAGGAGCUCCAGGUGCCCCUCUGGAUGUUCGCUGUCUGGAUGCCAACAAGGACUACAUUAUUGUCACUUGGAAGCAGCCAGCUGUCGAUGGUGGCAACUCCAUCCUGGGCUACUUUGUGGACAGGUGUGAGGUUGGAACCACCCACUGGAUCCAGUGCAACGACACUCCGGUUAAGUUUGCCCGUUUCCCUGUGACCGGCUUGGUGGAGGGCCGUUCGUACACUUUCCGUGUGCGUGCUGUCAACAAGAGUGGCAUGAGUCACCCGUCCAGAGUGUCUGAACCGGUGGCUGCCAUGGACCCAGCUGACCGCGCACGCAUGAGAGGUACUUCUGCCCCCUGGACCGGUCAGAUCAUUGUCACAGAGGAGGAGCCUGCAGAGGGCGUCGUUCCCGGCAGACCUCGUGAACUAGAGGUGACAGAGGCAACCAAGAACUAUGUGGUGCUGAGCUGGAAGCCGCCUGGAGAGAAAGGCCUGGAGGGUGUCAUGUACUAUGUGGAGAAGUGCGUCGCCGGCACAGACAGCUGGCAGAGGGUGAACACAGAGAUCCCAGUCAGGUCCCCUCGCUUUGCGUUGUUUGAUCUCGCCGAGGGGAAGUCAUACAGCUUCCGUGUCCGCUGCUGCAACUCUGCCGGUGUCGGUGAACCUUCUGACCCGACCGAGGCCACCACAGUUGGCGACAAGCUUGAUAUCCCAUCUGCCCCAGGCAAAGUUGUUCCCACUAGAAACACAGACACAUCAGUCGUUGUGUCCUGGGAAGCGUCCCGUGAGGCCAAAGAGUUGAUUGGAUACUACAUUGAGGCGAGCAUUAUGGGCAGCAACGUGUGGGAGCCAUGCAACAACAAGCCAGUGAAAGCUACCAGGUUCAUCUGCCACGGUCUGAUGACAGGAGAGCAGUACGUGUUGAGGGUGAGGGCGGUGAACGCUGCAGGGCUCAGCCAGUUCUCCCAGGAGUCUGAGCCUGUGAAGGUGAAGGCUGCUAUUGGGGGCGGCAUCCCUCAUGCCUCCCCUGCUCCACCCUAUGGCAUCAGUGUCCUGGAGUGUGUGCGUGACUCCAUGGUGCUGGGCUGGAAACAGCCGACUUUCAUCGGCGGCGCUGACAUCACCGGCUACUUUGUGGAUUACCGUGAGGUCAUCGAUGGCGUGCCCGGGAAGUGGCACGAGGCCAACAUCAAGUCUGUCAGCGAGAGGGCAUACAGGGUGUGUGACCUGAAGGAGAACAGGAAGUACCAGUUCCAGGUGAGAGCAGCCAACAUGGCAGGUGUUGGCAUCCCAUCACUGCCCAGUGACACCUUCCUGUGUGAGGAGUGGACCAUCGCUGUGCCAGGACCUCCUCAUGACCUGCAGAUAAGAGAGGUGAGAAGCGACUCUCUGGUGUUGCUAUGGAAACCACCUGUGUACCAGGGCCGUGACCCGGUCAACGGGUUCUACGUUGACAUCAAGGAAGCGGACGCACCGGAGGAGGCGUGGAGAGGAGUCAACACCAAGGCUACGGAGAAGACGUACUUUAAGAUUAAGAAUCUGAAGGAAGCAGAGACGUAUGUGUUCCGUGUUCGUGCGCAGAAUAAAGCCGGCGUUGGAAAAACCUCAGAUGUGACAGAGCCAGUCCCAGCUGUGACCAAACCAGGCACCAAUGAGAUAGUUGUGGAUGUUGAUGAUGACGGUAUUAUCUCCCUGAACUUUGACUGCUGCGACCUGACCCCUGACUCCAAAUUUGUGUGGUCCAAGAAUUACGAGGAGAUCACAGACUACUCCCGCUUGACUGUAGAGACCAAGGGAAACAAGUCCAAAGCUUUUUUCAACGCUCCUGGGGACGAGGACAUUGGUAUUUACUCCUGUCUCGUCACCCACACUGAUGGUGCUUCAUCCAGCUACAACCUCUCUGAGGAAGAGCUGAAGAGGCUGCUGGAGAUCAGCCAUGACCACAAAUUCCCCAUUAUUCCCCUGAAGUCAGAGUUGGCCGUGGAGCUGCUGGAGAAAGGCAGAGUUCGCUUUUGGCUGCAGGCGGAGAAGAUAUCAGCUAAUGGCAAAAUCGAUUACGUGUUCAAUGAUAACCUUCUCUCACAGGGGGAGAAAUAUAAGAUGAACUUUGACAAGAACACCGGCGUGAUUGAGAUGACCAUGGAGUCUCUGACUCCGGCAGAUGAGGGCACCUUCACCUUCCAGAUGCAGGAUGGGAAAGCAACCAACCAGUCCAGCUUGGUACUGAUAGGAGACGUGUUCAAGGAGCUGCAGAAGGAAUCUGAGUUCCAGAGGAAAGAAUGGUUCAGAAAGCAAGGUCCUCACUUUAUCGAGUAUUUGAGUUAUGAGGUGACACCAGAGUGCUGCGUUGUGCUGAAAUGCAAGGUGGGCAACAUGAAGAAGGAGACCUCGGCGCUGUGGUACAAAGACGGGCGUGAGAUCAAAGCAGACGAACAUCUGGGCUUCACCGAGGGAGUGCUGAAACUGGAGAUAGCUCAGAUUUCCAAGAAGGAUGCCGGUGUGUAUGAGGUGGUUCUGAAGGAUGACAGAGGAAAGGACACUUCCACACUGAAUUUGACAGACCAAGGUUUCAAGGACUUGAUGAAUGAAGUUUUCACUUAUAUCGCUAAUUCCUCCACUCCGCUGAAGAUCACAAGCACAGAUGAGGGAAUCCGAAUCUACACCUUUGUCAGCUACUAUAACGAUUUACUCCAAGUGACAUGGCACUACAAGGAAUCAGCCAUCGCCUUCUCUGACCGUAUAAAGAGUGGCGUGGUGGGAGAGCAGCUGUGGCUGCAGAUCACAGAGCCCACAGAGAAAGACAUGGGCAAAUACGCCAUCGAGUUCCAUGACGGAAAGGACGGCCUGAGGAGAACUGUUGAGCUGUCUGGUAAAGCGUUUGACGAUGCGUUUGCAGAAUUCCAGAGACUCAAAGCUGCUGCUAUUGCAGAGAGAAACCGUGCUCGAGUAGCAGGAGGCCUGCCUGAUGUGGUCACCAUCCAGGAGGGCAAGGCCCUCAAUCUCACCUGCAACAUUUCGGGCGACCCCGUGCCAGAGGUCACCUGGCUGAAGAACGACAGGGAGAUCACGUCCGACGACCACUGCAUCCUGAAGUUUGAGUCAGGCAAGUUCGCCAGCUUCACCAUCACCGGCGUGAACACGUCGGACUCUGGCAAAUACAGCAUCCUGGUGAAGAACAAGUACGGCACAGAGAGCGGGGACUUCACCCUGGAGAUCAUAGAGGGGACACCUGACCUGGGGGUGACUUCAUAUUGGACUGAUGCGGAUGGAAAUGUGGUGUUUGGUGCAAGCACCCCAAAGGAAAAGAUGAAAACCACAGUGACUGGAACGAAAACGCAGAGGGCAAAGGAAUCUGUGGCUAAGACACGCCCUGCGGAAAAGGAGGAAGACAAGAAGGAGAGCAAAAGUCAGGAGCCGGAGGAGCAGAAAAAUGAGAUCACAGCUGUUGCUGCUGCAGAACCCAAAUCAACAGGAGAUGCAAGAGAAGAUCUUGCUGACCAAUCAGAAGCCCGUGAACAGCGUGCAGACACAGUGGAGGCGCCUGAACCCGAGGCUCAGACAUCACAUGAAACACAGCCAGAAAACACUAUGUAACUCUAGUAUAGAAAAGUAUUACUGUUAACACUUGCAUAUGCAUAUCCUCUGACUCUGAUGUGUGCUUUUAUAUCGACUGUGAUGGAUGUGUUUAUCAUAACUUAAAUGUUUAGAUUUUUCUCCUGUCAAAUAUUAAUGAUAACAAUAUUCCAUAUUUAUACUAACGGAGCUCAUAAUGGAACAUGUAUCUAUCAGUAUAUUACAUUUAGUCUAAUGACCACACAGCAUAGACUGUUUCUACUGUUUGCCUCUUUGGAUAUUUUGUAUACCGUGUUUCUUGUAUUCAUCAUAUUUGCUUGAAUAAAGAAGCUGCUGAAAUAUUAA